AUGCUGAGUGGGUGCCUGCCGUGGUUGAGAGGCUUUAAAUUGGCAGUUGUUGGAAUUAUUGAACUUGUUCUGAUUGAAACCGCCCUGAGAGUUGUUGUUGAAGUUUUGCUGAGGCCUCUGGAGUUGCUCUUGAUAGACAUCAUACAACCAAAGGAUCAUGAUUUUAAAGAAGUUCCUACAAAAUUAAGGAAUGAUGAUAGAUAUUGGCCUCACUUUAAGGAUGCAAUUGGUGCUAUAGACGGAACUCAUGUGCCAGUGAUUGUGUCUGCUGAAGACCAAAUUCGAUGUAUUGGUAGAAAGAGAAUUGCAACCCAAAAUGUUAUGGCUGCAUGUAAUUUUGAUAUGGAAUUUACUUUUGCUUUGGCGGGUUGGGAAGGAACACCUCAUGACACAAGAGUAUUUUUAUAUGCAAUUGGUAAAUACUAUUUAGUAGAUGCAAGCUAUCCAGAAAAGAUAGGUUAUCUAGGACCAUACAAAGGAGAAACAUAUCAUUUGCCAGAAUUUCAUCGUGUUAAUAGAUUUUUUGGAUACUACGAAAUAUAUAACUAUGCUCAUUCUUCACUUAGAAGUGUGGCAGAACGUACAUUUGGGGUUUGGAAAAAGAGAUGGAAAAUUUUACGAGAUAUGCCUAGUUUUAGCUAUAAAAAACAAGUUCAAAUUGUUAUUGCAACAACGACACUGCAUAACUAUAUUAGACGUUAUUCUACAAGUGAUUGUAAGUUUAAAAAAUAUAACCAGAUGGACGUUGAGCUUGAAAAAGAAGACGAAAAUGGCGAUGAAGGUGAAGCUGAAAAUGGAGUUGAAAAAAUUGGAGAUGAGUUUCUUGGAACUAUGGAGAUGGUUGGAAAUAAUAUAGCAUCAAGUUUGAUUGGCAGAAAAAAUUAG